ACCGUGGAGUGCGGCUCUGACACGGAUUACCUGGACACCGGCUCGGGAGUCUGGGUGGGCAUCAAGCAGCGAGAAAUAGAUAAGGAGCGUUUCUUUGAUUCUCAUAAAACGCACAUAAAAGUUUCACAGAGUUUCUUUUUGAAUGGGACUAUCUCCUUGAACAUCAGCCAUGGCCAGCCGGCUUUUCCACUUGCUGCAUUUAUUUCUGAUUGUGGAGUUCAGCUCGGGUAAACUCGUCUCUGAGGAUCUUGGUGGAGCCGUGCGUCAAGGUGCUGAUGUCGCACCGGCGGUGGAUCAGCGCGUCUUUGCGCACGAGAGCGCAAACCGGGACAUGGUCUCCGUCAACAUGUUCAAAGUGUACGAGAAGUACAGCAAAGAGCCGCGGAGCCAGAGGGACGGAAACACCGUGAGAAGUUUUAAAGCUGUCCCGAGAGUCUCACAUGGCAAAGAAGUGUUCCAGUUCAACCUGUCCUCCAUCCCAGACUCAGAGCUCAUCCUCUUUGCAUCGUUUCACUUCCUCUACAAGCGGCCCCGCCAGCACCAGCGACCGUGGCGUUUCCGAAGGCCCCGCCACCCUUCCGGUGGCCUCCAUCAUCCCCAUCCUUCCUCCCCACUGCUCCUCUUCCGUGGAUCAUCCCCAAACUCAGCUUUUGCAACACCGCUGGGAAACAUAACUCUGGCUCCUUUUAAGAAAGGCUCUUGGCAGUCGAGGGAUGUAACGGCGGUGGUGAAACACGCCAAGGAUGUCAAAGCGCUCGUGGUAACAGUGGAGUUUGAUACAGAGUUUGGGGUGUCUCGGAUGCAGCAGAGGAACCCUCACGGACAAGAGCGCCUCUCACCAGCCAACCUGCCGUAUAUUCUGGUAUACGCUGACGACCGAGGAAUAGAUGAGCCAAACAGUGUGUCCAUGUCACUCCAGCGGUACGGGCCCUUCCCUGUAGGGGACGACGCAUCCUCCUCAGCCUCGAGGAUCCGGAGGGAGCUUCACCUCCAGAUCCAAACAAAUGACAUCCCCGAGGUCCAGUUCAACACCUUGAAGAAUCACGAACUGUGGCAGAACACAUAUUUCCCAGCUAAAGCCAAAGCAGCAGUCAAACCGGGAAGGAAGCAGGGCCAGGAGAGCAGCGAGGGCCUGAACAAGCCACAGGUGCUGAGCUUCGAUGAGAGGACGAUGAAGAAGGCGCGGAGGAGACAGUGGAGCGAGCCCAGGGUUUGCUCCAGGAGGUACCUCAGGGUGGACUUCGCUGACAUCGGCUGGAGCGAGUGGGUUCUGGCGCCAAAAUCGUUCGAUGCUUACUACUGCGCCGGGACCUGUGGGUUCCCCAUCCCUAAAGUGGUGCGGCCCUCCAAUCACGCGACCAUCCAGAGCAUCGUCAGAGCUGUGGGAAUCGUCCCCGGCGUCCCUGAACCGUGCUGCGUUCCAGAGAAGAUGAGUCCUCUCAGCGUGCUUUUCCUCGACCCAAACAGGAAUAUGGUUCUCAAGGUUUACCCCGGCAUGUCUGUGGAUACGUGUGCCUGUCGGUAGGGCUGGAGCCACUGAUCCGUCAGAAGGACAUAACUAUAGAUUGAGGUUACAGCAGGAAGACACUUUUACUUUUCAGAUCGAAGGCCAGUCGUGGUCAGACACUGAAGGCAACUGAGACAGACUGGAACUAAAGUGAUAUGACUGUCAGGGCUGUUGUUCCAGAGUCUCCGCCUGAAUAACUUUUUCUCUGAGCUCUUGGACUUGUUUGGUGUCUACCGUGGUUUGACGUUGCCUUAACUUUUUCCUGCUUAUCUAACAACUUCCAUAGUCUUUCUUCAUUGGUCCACCAUCACUUAUUUUUCCUUGCUCUUAAAGAAAACUGUAUUUAUAAUUCUCUGUAUUGAUUAGCUGGAUGUUGGAUUCUACAGAGGUCCAGUAGGUACAUUUCUUUGAUACUUAAUAAGCUUUUUCUUUCCGUUUUUCUCCUGUUUUAAAUUUGGAAAGAUUUAUAAAAUGAUUUUUACCUGUUUUGUUUUUGAAACGGAUUUGAUUUGCUCUGGUCUCAGUCUUGAUCAGAUGAUCUGGGUUUCAAUGAUUUCUGAAACCUUCUGACAUCUGUAUCCUCCGCUGCUUGCCUCUGUCUUUCAAAUUCAGACAGAAGUUUGGACAAACUGAUGAACUGCACAUUGACUCACAGACUCAGAAGGGUUUUGGAGACAGAGGUUGAAUGGCAGCUCAUUUACAUUCCACCAAUUAAACCAACCCUUGUUGUGUAAAUACUGCAGCUACUAACUCAAAACUAAAGGGUACUUGUUUCUAAGUGAUGUGUCACUCCAAGUGGGAGACAUUGAACGCCUCCCAUAUGUUAGCAAGAAAUGUUAUUCAUGCAUGAGAGGUAAUAUCGUCUUUGAAAUAUAUUUCAGUAGUCAUUUGUUGAUAUCUUGUAUAUAAUGUGUGUAUUUUGCCACUGAGAGUUUAAGUAACAGAACCACUGUGUUGCAUGUUUCUGCUACAGCAAAGGGAGAAAAAAAAUGGUGCGUUGCUGCCACCUGCUGUGCAUUUUGGGAAAGUUGAACGGACAUAAUUUCAAUUCAAAAAGUUUAAGUACUUUCUGUGUUUCCCCUUAAUACAUAAAUACUGUUUAUCCAAUUGUACAGUUUGUAAUAUAUACAGUAAUGAUGAAAGAUAGACAAAUGUAUCCAACCUAACUGACUGUAUGGCUAAAAGUGUAUUUGAAUAGUUUUAUGUGUGCUUUAACAAACAAACCACAGACAUAAUGUAUGCUUGGUAUGGAAAUAAACUGAAUUGUAUAUACAGCCAAAAAUAAAUAUUGGCUUUAUUAGGUUUUAUAAGUAUAUAAAGCUACACGUCUACAUUUGACAUAUACUGUAUCUUAGCAUAACAUACUGCAUAACAAUAUAAUAUAUAGUAAUAUAACAUCCACCAUACAUA